AAGGUAUUAUCAUGUCUAAGAUUUAGUCAAGCCCGUGAGCUCAGAUUAUAAGAACGUGUGGCGGAUAAUUCAAAAAAUGAGAAACUGGGUUGCGAUUGGAGUCCUCCUGGUACUGGGAUGUCAAUGCGCCAAAGUGGUCCGGGCGGACAGUGAUAGCGAUAGCGACAGCAGCAGCAGCGGGGAGCGCAAGAGCAAGCACAAGUCCACGGGACACAAGUACAACUAUCCCGCCUAUCCGACUCCUAAUGGCUAUCCCUACCCUCCUUACCCAUAUGGCUACAAUCAGAUGCCGCCGUAUCAGUCAAUGCCGCCAUAUCAAUCAAUGCCGCCGUAUCAGCCAAUGCCGCCGUAUCCACAGCCCCUAACUUACUCCUAUCCGUACCCCCAACCGCCAAUGCCUGGCUACUAUUCGAAUCCUCCGCCGCCCCAAACGGCUCCUCCGGCGCCGCAACAGGCUCCUCUGCCGCCGCAACAGGCUCCUCCACCGCCGAUGUAUCCCCAGUAUCCUCCAGCUUAUCAAGGAGGAUAUCCACCCCAGACGGGAGGACAGAAUUCAGGCUCACCCCCCAAUCAGGCUUCGUCACAGCAACCUGCUUCCGGACCAGGGACAGGUCCAUCGUAUCCUCCAGGUGGCUCCAGCGUUAUCAAUCACUCCCUUAAGGUCAACAAGGAAUACAACGAGGAUGGCCACCACACAAACACAACUUAGUCGAGGAACUAAAUGUGAAGCCCAUUGGAAAUAUUUUUCUGAGUUUUAAUUCCAAAACAAAGUUUAAUGAGAAUAAAAAAAAUAUAAUAAUUGUUUAACCUA